CCUUUUGCUGACCUUUAGUCAUCCAUGGUUUUCCUUUAUCCAAAACGUCCUAAUAAGACAAUGUUAUGGAUGAAGGCAAAAGGCCUGAUUAGAAUCAUUAACAUACAAUUUCUACCAGCUGUUCAUUGUAAGUUCCAUCUUUAAUGCCUCAAUUCUCUCAAAUGUUUUCACCAAUUUACAGGAAGGCUUCCUGACCCAACCCAACCUUCAAAGUAAGAUUUGAAGAUGGUCACUGAAGUCAGCUAAAAACCAAACCACCCGUUUCAUGUUAUUAAUUAUGUCAUGAUCAGAACCAAACACUGAUGUUCUUUCAAUUCCAACACAUCAAUAUUAAAGUCACAUGACGUGGGUGACACUUUCAUUAUAUGCGUGUGUUCUGUUUUACAAAUAGAAACCCACCAACUCCACGACAUGUUUAAUCAAUUACCAAUGAUAAGUGUAACGCGCUGAAGCGCAAAGUGACAGGUGUUUGUGAUUGAAGAGCAGCACCUGAUAAGAAAACGGGCUCAGCGGAGGAGCGCGUGCGUGUGACGACAUCACCUUUAACAAAGAGCAGGAUUCUGUUAACUUCGUCCUCACGAAACACUCCACGACCAUGAUGCCAAUCGGCUUAAAGUUUAGUGCGCGUUGUUGCACGCUGCUAAUGCAGCACAGGCCACCGGUACGAUCCGUCACUAACAUGAACUCUGCGGCCACUCGUCAGCUGAGCCUGGUCCUCGUCCUCCUCUUUGGCUUCAUGCGCCAAUGUGUAAGAGGAGUUUGCAGUGUGGAGCAUUGCACCAACAGCACCAGGUGUCUUCUGUCUGAAGACCAAAGAAGAUGCAAAUGUGCCAACGGAUAUUAUUCGGACCAAUGUGACAAAAAUGCACACAUCAAAGUCGUGUGUGGCAAGGACUUCAUUGCAAUCCGAGCGAUGGAAGAUUACUUCACGUUUCACAGCGUACCGCUCCAGUCGCUGCACUUGCCCAACAAAUCUUGCCGUCCUCAGAGGGAGGUCAUUGACGGUGUGCCGUACUUCGUGUCCAAGAUUUCUAAAGAUGAAUAUCAAAUGUGUGGAGGCAAGGCGCUGACGAGAAAAAAUCAAAUCUCCUAUUCCCUGAGUCUCCAGUCAGAGCCUCAGGUGAUUGGAAACAUCGUCAGAAAUCCAGUUAUCAAGAUGAACUACACCUGCGUCUAUCCGUCCAUCAGAACCGUCAGCCUGCCUUUCCCAGUCAUCCACUUUUCCAGUGAGCUGGUGAUGCAUCUUGACGAACUUGACGCCAACAUACAGAUGAUGCUGUACACGGACCAGUCCUAUUCUAAAGCCUACAGUAGUGCCCCCACCAUUGGACUCCGAGACAAGGUGUACGUGGAGGUGAAAGUCACGGAACCUGCGGACUACUUCCUGCUCCGGCUCAAUGAGUGCUGGGCCACGCAGUUUCCCCAGCCGAACGCCACGGCGGGAUUGGUCUACACUCUGCUUCUGAACGGGUGCGUGGAUGACGAGACCGUCUCCUUUCUGAAGAGCGCCGGGGAGUCUGGCGGCAACGGAGAAAGUUCCACCAUUCACUACAGCUUCGACAUGUUUCGUUUCACAGCAGAACCUCACGACCUCUAUCUGCACUGCACCGUUGAACUGUGCACGCCAGAAGAGCACAACUCCUGCACGCCGAACUGUAAUUCAAUGAGUAAGAGGGAAGCGAUGCGGUCUGACCCCUCUCUGGGCCUCCUAUCGUAUGGACCCAUCCGGAUCGAGAUGCCGGACAGACAUCAAUCCAGCAUACUGGCGACUGUGGUGCUGCCGGUUGCAGGUGUCUGGAUUUUGGGCUUCUUCAUCAUCAUCCUCAUCACUGUGAUCAAGGCAGGCAACAGGAGGUUCAAACUAACUGGGGAACAGUGACAACAAUGUUUCUGCUGUUGGCAGCUUGAAUAAACCUUAAAACUCA